GAACGGACACAUAUAGAAAGAUUCGGUAGACGACAAAGAUGGCGUAUCGCGGUGUGAAAGGUUCUGACCCGUUCGUUUCAAAAACUUCACGAAAUGAACGUUUCGCACAAAUGUCGAAACAAGAACAAAUUAUUCAACAAAAGAAGUUAGAAAUCCAAGCGAAAUUGCAAGAACAAAAAGCUAAGGAAGCUGUCGAAAGUGUUAAGAAAUCUAAUUCACUUGGCCUACCUACGACAACCAACAAAGCUACUACGUCCAAGAAGGAGGACGAGAAGUCGUCUACAUCUGUGACAGUUAAUUUGUUUGCCAAUGAUGGUAGCUUCCUUGAUCAGUUCAAAAAAAUUGCAAAUAAUAAAGGAACGGGAAAACAAGCAGAGUCUAACCAAUCAAAAACUGAAGAUAAAAGGGAAGAAAAGGUGGAAGAAAGAAAUCAUGAUAAUAGAGAGAAAGAACGUGAUAGAAAGUGGAACAAUGAAAAAAACAGAGAUUGGGAAAACAAAAGGGAUAGAAGAAGAAAUGACUCAAGAUGGGGAAGAAGUUCUGACAGAAGACACAGUUCGUCGUCUAGUCCAUCUCCUACCAGGCAUAGAUCUUCUUUGAGUCCCGAUCCACGUUCAAUGUACAACCAACCUCCUCCAAAUGGACCACGACCACAUUUUAAUCAACAACAAUAUCCUCCCCAAAGUAACAAUCAAACAUCAUCUAUACCUCCUCUUAUGUCUCAGCCAGUGAUGCAAAUGACAAACAUUCCUCCACCUAAUAUGAGGGGUAUGACAACAAAUAUUCCACCACCAAACAUGCCUAGAAUGCCACCACCAAAAAAUGUCAACAAUAAUUAUUCCAAUGUGGAUAACCAUUCUAAUAAUCCUAGAAUGCAAAUUCCUCCACCACAUAUUAUAAGGCCUCCACCACCACCAAUACAAAAUAUUCCACCUAACACUAAUGUACCACCACCAAAUAUGCAAGUUCCACAAAAUAUGCCAAUGACCAACAUACAAAAUUUACCACCAUCGUCUACUUCGCAACAACAUAUUAUUCCUCCUCCACAGCAAUGCAAUAUACCACCACCUACUAAUUUGCAACCUCCAAAUAUUCCACCACCUAACAUCCCACCACCAAACAUGUUGCCGCCAAUGUCUCAGAUGCCUCCAAAUAUGAUGCCAAUUACUGCAUCUCAAACAAUUGUAGUAACAGUACCUAAUGUACCAAAUGUACCUCCUCCCAAUGUGAUAUCAUCAAUGAUAAUGUCUGCACCUCCUCCGGUUCAUACUGUUCCAUCUACUAUAAAUUCUGUACCGCCUCCAAACUUGAAUAUUCCACCUCCAAAUGUCCCACCACCUACAAUAAUACAGAAUGCACCACCACCGCCGCCGCCACACUUGAUUCCAACCUCCUAUCCAAUACCUAAUCAAGUACCAAUCACAGUGGGACCACCUAAUGUUCAAAUUCCACCACCUGUAAGGCCACCAGCUAAUCUACAAGGCAAUGAACAACUAGUUUGUCCCAUAGAGGCUGAACAACUGGCACGCAUAGUCGCUGAUUGUGGAGAUGAAAUAGAGCAAGAAGUACGAGAGAAGAAUGCCCAAGACCCUAAAUUAUGGUUUCUGCAUCAAAAGCAAAGUGCAGCGUAUCUGCAGUACAGGGGAUUGGUGGCAAAGUUUCGUGCUGGAAAAACAGAUAAAGACACUAAGAGUAGUGGUGCGGAGCCUUAUUGUCCAGAAGAAGCUCUUAGUGACAAUGAUGAAACAGAUAAGAAUCAAAAACAUAGUUCUCAAAAUGAACGUCCAAAAGAGGAAAAUAGAGAGGAACGUAAAAGGAAAAGGAGAAGUCGUUGGAGCGAGCCAGAUAACAAGGUUCCUAUUGCAGAUAUAAAUGCAAUUACCACUCAAAGAACUCGCCCGGGUCUUGCACAACCUGGAGUAGCCAUACCAGGUCAAAUUGGCCAACCAGCUGUUAUUAUACCGCCAAAAAUACAGCACAAUAAACCAAAGAAUCCAAUGCUAACCAAGAUAUCUAGAAAUGAUCCUGCGUUAAUACAAUAUGCGAGACAAACCUUUGGUACAUUGGAUCUUAGUGAAGAACAAUGGAAAAAAGCUGAGGACCAUUAUAAGAUAAAUCUUUUAUACCAAAAUCUAUUAAGAAAGAGAGAAGAAGUGAAACGAUUAGAGGCUCAGGGUAAACAUAAAUAUGAGUACGAUAGCGACGAAGAAACCGAAGGUGGUACUUGGGAACAUAAAUUAAGAUCUGCCGAAAUGGAAGCUACACAAAUGUGGGCGGAAGAAUUAACGGCACAAGCUGAAGGUAAACACCAUAUUGGUGAUUUUUUGCCUCCGGACGAAUUGAAAAAAUUUAUGGAACAAUACAAUGCCGUUAAGCAAGGAAAAGAGCCAGAUCUUAGUGAUUACAAGGAAUACAAACUGAAGGAAGAUAAUAUUGGUUUUCAAAUGCUUCAAAAACUUGGCUGGAGCGAAGGUCAAGGUUUAGGUAGUGAAGGCAGUGGUCGAAUUGAACCUGUUAAUAAGGCUACUAAUAGGCUGGAUAGUGCUGGCUUAGGAUCCGAAAGACCAGAUGGUGUUUCGAGAGACGACGAUGAAUUUGAUGCAUAUAGAAAAAGAAUGAUGCUUGCAUAUAGAUUUAGGCCUAAUCCAUUAAACAAUCCUAGAAGACCUUACUACUAAAUAAUCGAAUGGACUGUAUUUCUAUAAAAUCCUCAGACGACAAAUGUCUUUUCUAAUUUAAUAUAGAACAAAUGAUUGUUAUUUUGUAUAUCUAAAAUGACGUGAAAGUUAAAAUAUUAACGUACUGUCUUAAACAAUGUUGUUAAAUUCAAAUAAGAUAUUGCGUCGUUAAAUAAAAAAAAAAAGGAGCAAUCGUUCAUAUCUCCAUUAACAUUAAUCCUUGAAUUCUUAGUCAUUAUUAAUAUACGUAUUGUAAGAUUAUAUUACUUAACAGUUAUAUAUAGUAUCUUAUGUACGUUGAAAUAGUAUCUUUUUAUUUCCCAGAUGUAAUAAAAAAAAAAGUAUAGAGAAAUACAUACGCGAUAAGUUUAAUGAAUAAUCGAAAGUAUAUAUAUAUAUACUUAUAGGAGAAAAACUUCGGUAAUAUUUAAUUUUCAAAUACUAGAAAAAUUUAUUACGUAAUGAAAAUUCAACGCGAUAAUAUUAUAUCUUUGGAUCUUUAUUAAUUAUAAUUUAUUUUGUAUUAUACAACGUCAAUGUAUUUCAGGAUCUCUAUUUUUUAAAAACAUACUUUACAAUAAUUCAUUGAGAAAAUAUUAAAAUCUCAUAUAUAUAUAUAUAUAUAAUAAAAAUCAAUAUAAUUAUUCACCAUGAUUACAUGUCUAAAAAAAAUAAAAACAUCGAUUUCUUUAUCAACGUCAUUGUACGAGCAUAAAAUAAUUCUAUAUAAUAUUCCUAUCUAUGAACUCUUUAAAUGUAUGUGUCAACGUGUUCCUAUAAAAAUUAUUCUCUUUCAAUUUUGUAUAAUAGACAUUAACGUCGACACUCGAAGUAAUAUUCUCAUCUUGAUCCGUGAAAAGAUGUAAAACGUGUAUGGCCAUUACAGCGGCAAAUUUGCCAAAACGUUCGAUAUGUUCCAAUAAUAUUUCAUAAGGAAAUAAUUCUCUAGGAUUACAAUCUAAGCUUUCAAGACAUUUAGAAAAGGAAUCGUAAUAAUUUCGAAGUAGUUCGUCGUAAUUUUCGUUUCUAAUCUCGUAUAGGGUGGAACAAAAUAACGUAUAGCAUAUGUCCAAGACAGGCGAUGCGUAACGACAGAUUUGAAAGUCGAGGAAGCAAAGAUCCUCCGGUUCGUAAGUUCUUUCGUUCUCCUGAAAUAAAUGUGGAAAUAAAUGAUGAGAGAACAAUCGAAGAAAUAAAUAAAGAAAAGAUCUUAGAUAUCGUUUUAACGAA